CAUCUCACGGCCUCUGGCCCCUCCAAAAUUUCGCACAUAAUCCCCGCAGCCCUUAAGCUGAAAGGUGAGAUCCACACAUACUUCAUGUUGCUCCAAAGUUACCGUCCAUGCAACAUGCUUAAGUCGCUGUAUAAUUCCAAAAUCUCGCCUGGGGUUGAUAAUUCACAGUUGUGACAUUUACUAAGUGUGUGUGAUUCACCACCUAUUUCCGUUUCGGAGGGUUCUACCACCAAAAAAGAAGCCGAAAGUCUGAGCUAAGAAAUCAGAUCUCAAGUCCCUCUUCGUAUCAAAAAUCACAUCUUCAGUUUUGGAGGCAAUCUUCCUGCCAAAAGAUGAAGUCAUUUGUCCCUCUAAUCGUUACGUUAUCGGCGCGCCUGUGUGCGGCGCAGACUGAUUGCAAGAAAGUCAUUGUUCCCAACUACCAAGCCCCAAGAGUUGCGCCCGGAUGGCAAGCUCAAGUUGUGGCCUCGGGUCUGAAGAAACCACGAAGCAUAGAGUUUGACAAGGAGGGCGGCCUGCUAGUUGUCGACGCUGGCACUGGUGUGCUCCGUCUCGCCUUUGAAGACCAUGGCGGCACUUGUCUCGAAGAGAAAGAGAGAGUUCUGCUCGUCAACAACACUGCACUCAACCAUGGCUUGGCCCUUUCUGCUGAUGGCAACUCCUUAUUCGCAUCGACAGUCCAGUCCGUGUUCCGAUGGGCCUACGAUGCCAAGGGCAGCAGAGUUAACAGCAACCCGCAAGAGAUCAUCACAGGGAUGCGCAACCAGGUCUUGACAACCAGGACGCUGACGAUGGCCAAAAAAGCCACUGGCAUGCUCCUCGUGUCCCGCGGCAGUGGUGGCGAUGAUGAUACAGCCGCCCUCGCCGCGGCGCGCGACGUGAAUUCAGGUACCUCGCAGAUUCGCGCCUUCGACACCCUUCGGACCUCGGACGGUGGCCAGCCUUGGGAGUUCAAUAAGGCCGGUAGACGGAUGGGUUGGGGCCUGCGCAACGCAGUUGCAGUUGCUGAGCAUCCCAUAACCGGAGGCAUCUACAGCAUGGACCACUCGGUAGACGGGAUCGAGCGCAACGGUACCGACAUUUCGCUCCGGAAUCCAGCCGAGGAGUUGAAUUUCCACGGCUUUUUGAACGCAACAGAAGACAACCAGGGAGGCAAUUACGGGUAUCCAGUCUGUCAUGCCGUUGGCGACCCGUCUCGCAUACCAGGCGGGGAAGACCUUGAAGUCGGCAGCCAGUUCGGCAUCAACACCAAUGCCUCAAACAGCGAUGAGACAUGCAACGGGAACUACACAGCACCUCGACUGGUCUUCCCAGCCCAUUAUUGUCCGAUGGAUCUCAAGUUCAACAAGGAAGGAAACAUUGCCUUUUUGAGCUUUCGCGGCAGCAUGAGCAAAACAAAUCCGGUUGGCUAUCGUGUGUCAACGGUCGAGUUUGACGCUUCCAGUGGCCAACCCAAGGAGGCUUCCAACAGCACAACGGCACUCAAGGACCUCAUCUUCAACGGUGAUGGCCACAACUGUCCAGAUAACUGCAUGCGGCCUGUGGGGUUGGCCUGGGACGUCAAGGGUAGGUUGUGGGUUACGGCGGAUUCGUCAGGUGAAAUAUAUGUGCUCGAGAGGCAAUUGGAGACGCCGACUACUGGUGACGGUAUCAUGCCUCCAGAAAUCCCUGCGGAGCAGCCGCCUGCAGCAUCGCAGACAGCUGGCGAGCAGCAGCAACAGCAGCAGCAACAGCAGCAGCAACAGCAGCCUGAAGAAGAACAGCCGGCGCCUCUGCCCGAGCCCAAGGCCGUGACGCGCAAGGACAUACCAUUGAAGGACUUCCUGGCCAAGAUGGACGACUAUGCACCAAUUAUCCCCGACGCCGUGACAAACUACUACAUGACGCGGGCGGGCCUCCCGCCACCUCCGCAGACGGACCAGCGCCUCGCGCGGCUGCUGGCGUUGGCGACGCAAAAGUUCAUCGCCGACAUCGCGGCCGACGCCUACCAGUACAGCCGCAUCCGCGCCUCCAACUCGUCGGCCAGCAACAACCCCAUGGGCCACCUCGGCGCCGCCGCCGGCUUCCCCGUCCCCGGCCAGCCGGGCGGCGUCCAGGGUGGUGCGGGCGGCGCAGGUGGUGGAGGAGGCACCGGUGGCAAGGAUACCGGUCGCGGCCCGCCGCUCGGUGUGCAGAGGCCCGGCUACGGAGGCGGUGGCCAGGGCGGCGGCCAGAACAGAACUGUGCUGACCAUGGAGGAUCUCGGCAUGGCAGUCGGCGAGUAUGGCGUCAACGUCAAGAGGAGUGAGUUCUACAGGUGA